CUGUCACGUUGAUAGUUGGUACAGUCCAAAGCCCUCUAACCUUCCAGCUAAUGCUGCUGUGCUAAUAACACAGAGGAAACUAACGGAAGGGAUCCUCAAAUAUGGCCCAGGAGAUCCACUUUCCUGCAGAGCUUAGCUCUAACCUAAUCAAACACACCCGAGCAUGCUAAUCAGUGUCUUCAAGAUCAUCAGAAAAUCACAGUCACAGGCAUCAUGGUGAACUUCGCAGCAGCGAUUCGUGAGCACUGGGUCAAUAUUCUGGUUCCUCUGGGUUUCGUCAUCGGGGUUUAUCUGGACCGAUGGAAUGACCAGAAACUCACAGCAUUCAGGAACAAGAGUGCUUUAUACAGCAGGGAACUGAAGCCUGGUGAGGAAUACACCUGGAAGUGAGACUCCUGCAGUGAUAUUUAUUGGACCCUCUGCCUAAAAUGUGUAUAUUGUCUGUUCAUCCACCAUGUCUCUGAUUGCAAGCAUGCUGGCGCAAUAAAUUUUGCAUUUAAUUCUGCAA